GCAACGUGGUUUUGAAUGUCUUGGAAGGCGCAUGCGCAAACCGGCGGAGCGAAUCAGCGGUGACAAGCUAGUUUCUUGGUACGGUUCAGUCAAUUUAGAACUGACUGUUGUACACAGUUCUCGUUUAUUAACUGUACGUCGUUUCUACGAGCAGGAUUAACGUGACCAAGGCUUAAAAGAAUAUGCCCAAGAAUAAAGGAAAGGGAGGAAAGAAUAGGCGACGUGGAAAGAACGAAAAUGAGUCUGAGAAGAGAGAACUGGUGUUCAAAGAGGACGGACAGGAGUAUGCUCAGGUGAUAAAGAUGUUGGGGAACGGGCGUCUGGAGGCCAUGUGCUUUGAUGGAACCAAGCGGCUCUGUCACAUCAGAGGAAAACUCCGAAAAAAGGUCUGGAUUAACACGUCAGACAUCAUCCUGGUGGGACUGAGAGAUUACCAGGACAACAAAGCUGACGUCAUUCUGAAGUACAACGCAGACGAGGCUCGCAGUUUGAAAGCGUACGGAGAGCUGCCCGAGCAUGCCAAAAUCAACGAGACGGACACCUUCGGGCCCGGAGACGAUGAUGAGAUCCAGUUUGAUGACAUUGGCGACGAUGAAGAUGACAUUGAUGAUAUCUAAAGACUGCUACUGGAGGGGGACGUUGGGAUUUUACAAGAGAUGCUCCAAUUGGUAUAUUUUGAGCCGAUGCACCGAACCUACAGUUCUUAUUUUUCAUUAAGAUCAGCCUAUGCCAAUCCAAUACGGUUUAUUAAAAUGUUUCAAUUGAUUCCAUUUUGUUAAUCUUCAAUAAACAUCUUUGUUGUUUUUAAGAACUUAAAGUGCUUUUCACGUAGGGGGGAAAUCAUUCUUGAAAAACGGACUCUUGAGUUUAUUGUUGAAUGAAUGAGAAGCUGCUAGUACUUCAUGCAGUUGGAUUGGAGAAUCAAGAGUAGGCUGAUCACCAGCGUUAUAUUUAGGGUGAAUGUCUGGAUGCUAGAUUUUCACCUUUAUCUUUUCUUCUAACAUCAAUGGCAAAUUAGCCAUCUUCAUUUUUUUUAUUGUAUUGUCCUUGAAACACUUACUCUCUCGACGAUACCACGACUGCAAAAUAUCUCACACCAGAUGCACCAUCUUUUAAAAAAUGUAUUUAUAUUGAUUUCACACUAUGUGGAAUUUAGCAAGAAGUACCGAAUCUCAGGAUUCGUCAAUAAAAAGAUAAACCAUGUUUGUGUUUUUCUCUGGCAGUCUGUAUUAAUGUGGUUGUAGCCUGUGAGGCAGUUUUUGACGGUUUGAAAGCUGUUUAUUAAUGACUGAAGAAAAAAAAUAACACUUUGA